UUUAUUGGUACUCGGUAUUAUUACUAUAGAUAUAUAUGUAACUCUUUGCCUAUUGAAAACUCAUAUUUCGCAACAAUUCUAACACAUAUACUAACUAUCAUAAUCCCAAUCCAGUAUGACUAAAUCAUUGAACAGAGUGAUCCUCGAAAGUGUACUUUUUGUAGCGAUAAUGGGUUUUUCUUCGCAAACACAUUCACACAGAGUCCGAAGAUGUAGCCCAAGAACGAGUACAUUAACUUUCCCUGAUGAUUUCAAAUAUUGCAAGGCCGACUCUUCCAACUCAUCUUGUCUUGUAGAUCUGAUUCAAGAUACUCUAAUCAAACUUGGAACGAAAGGUAUUUCCUCGCCGAUAAACUUCAACAUCAAUCCCAUGACUCUAGAUUUCUGGAAUUUCCAGGUUGAAGUAGAUGCUGUAAAAACUCACGAAUAUUUCUGGGACCUCAAACAUCCAACACUUUGGAAUGCAACAGUACUAUUUGCCUCGUUUGACACAUCUAGUCUCACCCUUACUUACACUACUUUCCAUGACCAUUUAGCCCAGUAUAAUGGUCGUUACAAGAUUUGGGGCCAACUUUAUCACGACCAGGAUAGUAAUCCAGAAGUCAUUUAUGGAAAUGGAACGGCAGAUAGGCAUGUGUAUAAUUUAACAUUGGAACACACGAUCGUCUUCGUCCCAGCAGAUAUAAAAAAUACCCAAUAUUUCUUCGUGGGUUCCUAUGAUCUAACAGUCAUAGGGUUCACUGACGCCACAUUCAACUACCAGAAUUUGUACAAUGGGGAUCAGACCCUUGGCAAAAGGGCUGGAUAUCUGAUGAACGAAAAUGCGGUGAAAAUCGUGUUCCAUCAAGUUGACAGUUUCACCGAGUUGUUGGUCACCAUGUUGAAGCAGUACACUCAAACAUUAGUCAGCAGCGUUCCAUCAAGUAAAAUUCUUGCACAUUUGGCAGGAUAACACCUGAUCAAUUUAUUUCAACGCCUAUACUUACUUUCAUCACUUGCAUGUUGAUGUCAUGAUAUAAGCAUUCUAGAGUGAAGUGAAAUAUAUCUAGGAGUUGACGAAGACAUUAAAUUUUGUGGGGGCGACUUCGAGUUUUUCUUUCUUUCCAUCUCUUGAAUUAUUCUCAUGUCUCGCUAUAUUCUCACGAGAAAAAUGAUUGUAAAAACGUUAGAUUUCCUUGGAGCUGAAUUUUCCGCAUUAUUCUUUUUCGUCAAUGUACCUAGCUAGUUAUGUAUACUUUCAGUUUUUUUCACGAACAACCCUGAACAUUAAUAAAAACUAGA